AUGGAAUCUAAUUCAAAAACAAACAAUAACAAAUCAAAUGUUUCAAGACUCUGUGGAUUAAGAAAAAAAUCAUCAGUCAAUUCAACAGAAAAGCAAGAUUUAAUUACGCAAUUAGCUGAUGAUUAUUUAGAAUCACUUGCCAACCGUAAAUUAUUCAGUGGAUCAAUACUUAUAGCUCAAAAUAAUCAAAUCUUACUUAUUAAAGGUUAUGGAUGUGCAGAAUAUAUUUGUCAAGAAAAAAAUACUAGUCAAACAAUUUUUCGUACUGGUAGUGUAACAAAACCAUUUACAGCAAUAAUAAUUCUUAAAUUAUACGAAAGAAAACAAUUAAAUCUUGAUAAUAAGUUAUCAAUUUAUUGUCCUGAUUAUCCUCAUGGUAAUCAAAUAACAAUAAAACAUUUACUUUCAAAUACAUCUGGUAUUGAAGAUUAUACAGAUUUGGAAGUAUUUGAAAAUAAAUGUCAUGAAAGUUUAACAAUUGAUCAAGUUAUUGAGAUGUUUAAAGACGAACCAUUACAAUUUAAACCAGGAUCAAAAUAUCGUUAUUCAAAUUCAAAUUAUAUUUUAUUAGGUUUAAUUAUUGAAAAAGUAACUGGAAAAUCAUACGAAUUAAAUCUUCAAGAAUUUAUUCUUCAACCAUGUCAAAUGAAAGAUACCGGUUAUGAAUGUGAUUGUAAUCCAGCAUUACAAUCGGAUAAUAAUAAUAAACGAGCAGAUGGUUAUGUUUGUAGUACAGAUUCAAAUGGUUUUGAAUCAUGUCGUUUUAUAAAUAUGUCAACAGCUCGUAGUGCAGGAGGAAUUUAUUCGACUGUUGAAGAUUUAUAUCGACUUGAUCGAUAUUUAUAUGGAGAAACAAUCUUAAAUAAACGAACAAAAAAUAUGAUGUUUAAACCUGUGAGAGAACAUUAUGCACUUGGUUGGGAAAUUUAUCGAUUAAAACAUAGAAGAAUCAAACAACAACAUACUGGUGAAAUAUUUGGUUUUACAAGUUGUUUAGCUCGUUUUCCAAAUGAUAAUGCAUGUAUUAUUCUAUUAAGCAAUGUAGAAGAUAUAUCAUUACAUGAUAUUAUUGAACAACUAACUGAUAUUUUAUUUCAACAAAAUAAGAAUUAA